CGAACCGACAUAUUUCCUUCCUUGCUCGCUCUCUCUCUCUUUCUCCUCUCUCUCUCUCUCUCUCUCUUCCCACAAUGCUUCGCUUCCUUCCUCUCCCAUCGUAAACCCACAACAAUUUCCAUGGCUUCCUCUAAAACCCUAACCCUCGAUUCCUCAAACCUAUUCCUAGCUGCCCAAACCUCAUUCUUCCAUCAACCCCCACCUCCACUCUCUUUCUCUCCAUUUCCCACCACUUUCCCUCAAUCCAAACUUAUACCCAAAACCCGUUUCGCCGUCGACGCUUUCCGUUAUGCCGGCGACCACUCCGUCUCUUACUUCCUUUCCCACUUCCACUACGAUCAUUACACCGGUCUCUCCCCAAAUUGGUCUAAAGGCGUCGUCUUUUGCUCCCAAACCACCGCUAAGCUUCUUAUCGAAGUGCUUAAGGUUCCUUCUCAGUUUAUAGUGCCAUUGCCGCUCUCCGAACCCGCCGUGAUUGAUGGGUGUGAGGUUGUACUGAUCGACGCCAAUCAUUGCCCUGGUGCUGUUCAAUUCCUUUUCAAAAUUCCGGGUUCGAACGGUAAAUUCGAGAAGUAUGUUCAUACGGGUGAUUUUCGGUUUUGUGAUUCCAUGAAAUCUGACCCUUUUUUAAGUAAAUUCGUGGGUACUGAUGCAAUAUUCUUGGACACCACUUAUUGUAAUCCGAAAUUUGUAUUUCCCUCUCAAGAGGAGUCUAUUGAUUAUAUUGUCAGCGUCAUAGAAAAAAUAGGAGGUGAAUAUGAUGGUUCAAUGAGGAAUGUGCUGUUUCUUGUAGCUACUUAUGUUGUAGGCAAAGAGAAGAUUUUGCUAGAAAUUGCAAGGAAGUGUAAACGAAAGGUGUAUGUGGAUGCUAGAAAAAUGGCUAUCCUGCGCACUCUGGGGUGUUGGGAGAGAGGGGUGUUUACGGAGGAUGAAUGUGGAAGUGAUGUACAUGUUGUUGGUUGGAAUUUGUUGGGUGAGACUUGGCCAUAUUUUAGGCCUAAUUUUGUGAAAAUGAAGGAGAUUAUGGUUGAGAAAGGGUAUACUCGGGCUGUGGGAUUUGUUCCAACUGGGUGGACAUAUGAAGUGAAGCGCAAUAAGUUUUCAGUGAGGACAAAGGAUUCAUUUGAGAUCCAUCUUGUACCAUAUAGUGAACAUUCUAAUUAUAAUGAGCUUAGGGAAUAUGUUAAGUUUUUGAAACCAAAACGUGUUGUUCCUACAGUGGGCUUGGAUGUUGAGAAACUUGAUAGCAAGCACGUUGAUAAAAUGAAAAAGCAUUUUGCUGGGCUAGUUGAUGAAAUGGCCAACAAGCAAGAAUUCUUGAAGGGUUUUCAUCGAGGUUGUGAUGGAGUGGGUGAGACGGUUGAAAAGGAUUCAAGCAAUGCCAGAAACCUGGGGUUGCGCUUGGAGAGAGAGGCAAAAUCAUCUAAUACAAAGUCUAUGGAAAAUAAUGAUGCCUGCUUUGUUUUGAAAUCAUCAUCACCUCUUCGGGAACCUGAUUCGCAAGGUCUAAUGGUAUCGGUCGAUGAUGAAGCUGAGACAAUUCUUCGGGAACUUAGUGAGUGUUUGCCCACAUGGGUUACACGAGACCAGAAGUUAGCACUGAUUAGCAGAUCAGGGAGGGACAUUGUUGAAGCAGUUUCUACGUUCUAUGAGCAUGAAAUGGAAUUUCAUGAGCAAGUCUUUGGUUCUACAAUUUCUAGUUCUGUACAGCAGAUUAGUUCACUGGAUGAGUCUGCAUCAGUUCUGAAACCUGAUACCAUUAAGAGUGUGCCUUAUGUGAAAAUUGGCAUUCCUGUAAGUGAAGAAAGUAGAGGCCAUAAGUCUCCCAAACCAGGGCAUUCAUUUAAGAGUGCUGGUUCUCCUGGCAAAAGGAGGAAUGUUGAGAAUAAUCAAAAAAGGAAAGUGAAAAUGAAAUCCAAGUUAGAAGCAAGUGGGUCCAAGCAAUAUACAAUAACAAAGUUCUUCUGUAAAGUUUUGCCUGAUGUUUCAGAAGGUGCAGAAGUUGGAUGUAUGCAUGAGAAAAUCCGUAAAGAUGAAAAUUCUCCCUGUGAUGCCACUGAAUUGUACAAGAAUGAGAUUAAUCAGUUUAUUAAGAUAAUAAAUGGCAGUGAAUCAUUGAAAAUAUAUGCUGCCACCAUCAUGGAGAAGACAAAUGGUGAUAUUAAUAGGGCACUCGAUAUACAUUACAAUAAUCCUGAACAUAGACUUGGUGGGAAUGAAGUGGAGGUGGAAUUUGGUAGGAAGUCACUUCAGUCCCAGUAUGGCAUCAAUAAAUGCUCGUCAGGCCAAAAGGAAAUUCUGUCAGAGAAAAAGACAGUUGACUUUGUGGUGCAGAGAUUAUCUUCAGAGGAUGGGGAUGCAUCUUCUUUAACACUGCCACCAGAAAAAUACAAUCCUGUAGAUCAUGCAUGCUGGAGGGAGGGACAACCUGCUCCAUAUCUACAUCUUGCACGAACUUUUGACCUGCUUGAGGAAGAAAAAGGCAGGAUUAAAGCUACAUCUAUGCUUUGCAAUAUGUUUAGAAGUUUGCUGGCCUUAUCUCCUGAGGAUGUGCUGCCUGCAGUGUAUUUGUGCACUAAUAAGAUUGCUGCUGACCAUGAGAAUGUGGAAUUGAGCAUUGGAGGAAGUUUGGUCUCCUCUGCAAUAGAAGAGGCAUGUGGGACAAACCGGUCCAAAAUACAGGAAAUGUACAAUGAAUUGGGUGAUCUAGGUGAUGUUGCCCAAGCUUGUCGUCAAACUCAGACAUUACUUUCCCCUCCUUCACCUCUUCUGAUAAAAGAUGUAUUUUCUGCACUACGAAAGAUAAGUGUUCAAACAGGCAGUCGAAGCACUGUACGAAAGAAGAACAUGAUUUUGACUCUCAUGCGUUCUUGUAGAGAGAAGGAGACAAAGUUUCUUGUCAGAACUUUGGUUAGGAAUUUACGGAUUGGAGCAAUGAUGAAAACUGUUCUGCCUGCCCUGGCACAAGCAGUUCUUAUGCACUCCUCCCCUAACUUUCACCAAGAAACAACAGUGGACAACUUAAAGGAGAAGCUUCAGCACCUUUCAGCUGCUGUAGUUGAAGCAUACAAUAUAGUCCCCAGUUUGGAUUUGGUCAUUCCUUCUCUUCUGACCCAAGGAAUUGGAUUUUCUACAUCAACUUUGUCAAUGGUUCCAGGAAUACCUAUUAAGCCAAUGCUUGCAAAAAUUACCAAUGGUGUUCCACAAGCUUUGAAGCUCUUUCAGAGAAAAUCUUUUACUUGUGAAUAUAAAUAUGAUGGUCAGCGUGCUCAAAUUCACAAGUUAGCUGAUGGAUGUGUACGUGUAUUUUCACGAAAUGGGGAUGAAUCAACAUCAAGAUUCCCAGAUCUGACUAAUAUAAUCAAUGAAUCCUGUAAACCUAAUGUGAAGACAUUCAUACUAGAUGCAGAGGUUGUUGCAAUCGAUAGGAAGAAUGGCUGCAAGCUUAUGUCCUUUCAAGAACUAUCUUCAAGAGGGAGAGGGAGCAAAGACACCUCAAUUACAUUGGAUAGUAUAAAAGUUGACAUUUGCGUUUUUGUCUUUGAUAUCAUGUUUGCUAAUGGACAGAGGCUGUUGGACUUUCCUCUGCGCCAAAGACGAAAUUACUUGAAAGAUUUGUUUCAUGGUGAGAAGUCUGGAUAUCUUGAAUAUGCAAAGGAAAUGACAGUUGAAGCAGAUGAGGCUUGUUUAACCAAUGAAGCAACAUUGGUUAAGAUAAGCUCUUUUCUUGAGAAUGCAUUUCUCUCAUCUUGUGAAGGGAUUAUGGUCAAAUCUUUGGAUGUUGAUGCUGGAUAUUCUCCAUCAAAGCGUACUGAUACAUGGUUAAAGGUCAAGCGAGAUUAUGUUGACGGAUUGAAUGACUCUCUUGAUUUAGUCCCAAUUGGUGCCUGGCAUGGAAAUGGAAGAAAGGCUGGAUGGUACAGUCCAUUUCUCAUGGCAUGUUACAACCCUGAUACUGAGGAAUUUCAGAGCGUUUGCCGUGUCAUGUCUGGAUUCUCAGAUUCCUUUUAUGCAGAGAUGAGAAGUUUCUUUUCCGGGGACAAGAUCUUGGCCAGAAAACCACCUUAUUACCGAACAGCCGAGGUCGCUGAUAUAUGGUUUUGUCCGGAACUUGUAUGGGAAAUUAGAGGCGCAGACUUUACGGUGUCUCCUGUUCAUGAGGCUGCUAUAGGUUUAGUUCAUCCAUCUCGUGGCAUUUCAAUCAGAUUUCCACGAUUCAUUCGUACCGUGACUGAUCGAAAACCGGAAGAAUGUAGCACAUCUGCUGAUAUAGCUGAAAUGUUUCAUGCUCAGACUUGAAAAAUGGACGUGAUUGCUGAAGAUUGAAAAUGUUUUUGUUUUUUUGUGUGUUUUGUACAUAUGGUGUUUCUUGUUCACAAGUCUGCAUGUACAGUGUCAGUAGGAUGGGCUUGGUUGCUAAUUUUGAAUUGUACAGCUAAAAGGGAUCGGAGGGCUUUUUUUGGUAUAGAUAGGGAUUGGAGGUUUUUAAUUAAUUUGGGGGCUAGUUUGAUAUGGUAUCAUAAUUCCGGAGGAUGAUUUAAUUUUUUCAGAAGAUACUAGGAAUUUAAUUGAAUAUGGCUAAUUUUUUCUUUC